CUUGCUUUCCUCUCCCUCUGUGUCUGCACGUCCGGCUCAGCUCCCGAGACUGGCCGGGGAAGCGAAGCUCGGGGCGAGGAUCGGUGCAGAAGAAGCCGAGCGAGGACAAAGGCGGGAGGGGGGCCGCGGCGGCUGCACUCCAUUCAAGCGCCCUCGAGAUGUUCUCGCGGAGGGGUCAUGCGGAUGUCAAGAAGUCCGCGCAGAAAGCGCUGGACCCGCGGAAAGAGCCGCUGACUCGCCUCAAGCACCUUCGGGCUUUGAUGGAUGCUAUGGAUGGAAGUGAACUCAAACAAUUCUUUGAGAUCAAUUAUUCUCAAAUUUAUCUUAUCUUCUAUGAAAGUUUUGUAACACUGGAAACCAGUUUGAAACAAAAAGGAAAUAAAUCCCAAAGAGAAGAGUUGGAUUCCAUUCUUUUUCUUUUCGAAAGAAUACUACAAUUAUUACCUGAGAGAAUUUUCUAUCGAUGGCAUUUUCAUAGCAUAGGGUCAAUUUUGAAGAAACUUCUGCACACUGGAAACUGCCUUAAGAUAAGAUGUGAAGGAAUACGAUUAUUUCUUCUUUGGUUGCAAGCUCUCCAGACUAAUUGUGCAGAAGAACAGCUGUUAAUUUUUGCUUGUCUUGUGCCUGGUUUUCCUGCAGUGGUAUCUUCAAAAGGUCCAUGUACACUCGAUACCCUCAUCAGCCCUCCUCCUAAUCUUCCUAAUGGGAAAAUACAUCCUGAAGAUAUAACACCACUUUUACCUCAAGCUAUUGGUGAAAAGAUUGAAGACCCAACUUGCUACUUUCUUCAGAUACUCUUAAAAUACAUGGUAAUUCAGGCUGCAAAGGUGGAAUGGAAGAAUAAGGAAAACCUUAACACAGGAUUUAAGUUUCUCUUUGCCCUCUUCAGAAAAUAUUAUCUUCCUCAUUUGUUCCCUUCUUUUAUAAAACUAACCAACCUCUACAAUCCUGCGCUUGGUUUCCCUGGCUUGCGCCCCAAAUCAGUAUAUGUCAGUACAACUUAUGAUGGUGGAAAUGUUUAUAGUACAAAAAUUCCAUACCUGGAUGCUCGUGUAACUUUUAUAAAAUGGCUUGUAAAUUUUUUUCUGGAAAAGAAAUACCUUACAGCAGCACAAUCUUCCAAAAAUGGUGUGGAAGUUCUACCCAGAAUCAUUCAAACAGUGGGUAAUACAGUGCAAGAUAAAAAUCCUGAAGUAGAAAACAGUGUCCCAUCAGAUCAGGAGAAAAAUCAUAUCAACCACAGCAGGAUACUCAGUGAUUCCAGUUUUUGCAGCAUUGAAGAACAGCACCGGUCUGCAUAUGAAAUGGUGCAACAAAUAUUUUUGUCUACAAGAGAUUAUGUGAAUUUUGUUAAUGAAGUAUUUCAUCAGGCCUUUUUGCUGCCACCAUCAGAGAUAUCCUUAACUGAAAAAAUUGUGAAAGUUUAUAGGAAAUGGAUACUACAUGAAAAACCCGUCUUCAUGCAAGAACCAGAUGCAAAGGAGACUAUUCAAGAUGAUGAUGUCAUCACAGAACACUCAACAGAAGAGACAAAUGGCAAACAUCUUGUGUCUGGACAUAAAAGAUCCUCAAGUUGGGGAAGAAGUUAUUCCUUCUCUAGUGCUGUUACCAGAGGAUGCUUAUUAGAAGAUGAAAACCAGAAUGUUAAAGCAGGUCUUCAAGCUACACUGCAGGUAUUUUUGACAAACUCUGCAAACAUAUUUUUAUUGGAACCAUGCAGUGAAGCCCCUGAACUUCUUAAAGAGCAGAUAAAUUCUUGCAGAGCAGUUUUGAGUAUAUAUAGGCGCAUGAUAAUGGAAGUUCCAAUGAAUAAAAAGACCUGGGAGCAUAUGUUACAAAUGCUUCUUAGCAUAACAGAGGCUGUCAUGAGCAACUCCAAAGAAGAUCAAAUAAAGGAUGCAUUUGGUCAAAGUUUAGCGGGUUCACUAUUUCGGACUCUCAUUGUGGCUUGGAUCCGGGCAAAUUUGAGUGUUUAUAUUUCUCGUGAGCUCUGGGACGAGUUGCUACGUGUGCUAUCAUCUCUUACAGAUUGGGAAGAACUAAUAAUAGAAUGGGCUAAUAUAAUGGAUUCUCUAACAUCUGUUUUAGCAAGGACAGUAUACGGUGUUGAAAUGACCAACUUGCCACUAGAUAAGCUAAGUGAACAAAAAGAGAAAAUACAAAAAGGAAGAGGUGGCAUUUUGGACUCUCAAAAAGGAGCUGCAGUUGGAAGAUCGUUUUCUUUGAGCUGGAGAGAUCAUCCUGAUGUUGCAGAACCAAUGAGAUUUAGGAGCGCUACCACCUCAGGAGUACCAGGAAUUGAGAAAGCAAGGAAUACAGUGCGUCAGAGGACAACAGAAAGUGAACAACAUGAUCUAUCAGAAAAUGGAUCAGGAAUUGUGAAUCAGCAACCGGUAAACUUAUUGGGAACAGAAUAUAACAGUCCUUUUUCAGACCUGGAUCAAUUAACUCGAAGCAGUAGUACCUCUGACAUUAGAGAUCAAUGCAGUUCUGAUAUUUUCCAAGUUAGAAAAACAGAGAGUUCACAAAAUUUAACUUCAGGAUCCAGAUCUGUUCAAAAAAAUAAGGAGACCAUGAAUAAGGAAAGUACAGUACAAGAAGCAAGCAACAUUGCAUCUGAAUUAAAUCUUAAGACAGACAUACAGCAGUUACAUGGAAAUCAGAAAGAGAAAGAAAAGUGUGAAAGUAUUAGCAGUGAUACUUCUAUUGGAUACAGUAAUGAAAUGGGCAUGAAUUUGGCUUCCUGGCAAACAUGUGAAGAAAAUAAUGAUAUCUCCAUGCAUGCUGACAUUUCUGAUGAUCCAGAUGCCCAUCAGUGGUUGGUUACCAAUUUCUCAGACAGCAGUGAAUUCCUUGCUGAUGAUUGUAGCAUAAUUGCUGGUGGCACUCUUACUGGAUGGCAUCCUGACUCUGCAGCUGUACUAUGGAGAAGAACAUUAGGAAUUCUUGGAGAUGUAAACAAUAUCCAGUCUCCUAAAAUACAUGCCAGAGUUGUUGAAUAUCUCUUUGAGUUAUGGCACAAAUUAGCAAAGAUAAGAGACAAUCUAGCAGUAAGUCUGGAUAACCAGUCUACUCCAUCCCCUCCUGUUUUAAUUCCACCACUUAGAAUAUUUGCAUCAUGGUUGUUCAAGGCUACAACUUUACCCGAUGAAUAUAAAGAAGGAAAGAUUCAUGCCUACAAACUGAUAUGUGCUAUGAUGACAAGACGUCAAGACUUUAUGCCAAAUCCUGACUAUCUGGUGCAUUUUUAUCUUAUCAUGCACAUUGGCUUAAAUAAUAAAGAUCAGAAUGUUUUGAACACUAUCGUCAAACACUGCUCCCCAUUCUUUUUCUUCUUGGGCUUACCUGGCUUUACACUGCUAAUAAGAGACUUCAUAACAGCGGCAACUAGAGUUCUGAGUACAAAUAUGUUAGAGGCUCCUCGCAUAGAAGCAAAUACUAUUCUUGGCUCUCUGAUUUGCUUCCCUAACCUUUACCAAAACAUCUCAUUGUUAUCAUCUGUUACUGAAGCAGAAAUAACAACAGGAACUGCAGAUGUCAAGUGUUGCCUCAUAAAUGUUCUUUUAAAGAAUGCCACAGAGGAACCAAGUGAAGCUUCAAGAUAUUUAGCCCUUUGCUGUCUUGGGAUUUGGAUAUGUGAAGAACUUGUACACUGUACCAACCAUCCUCAAGUAAAAGAUGCAAUAAAUGUUUGUGGUGUGACACUAAAGUUUUCUAACAAGCAGAUUGCACAAGCAGCCUGUGAUAACUUUCAGUUAUUGACAUCUUACUGGAAAAAACUGCAGGAAUACAACAGUUCUCUACCCCAAAAAAUUAUUGAAGUCCUUGUUGCCACUAUUGCAUCUCUAUUACCAAGUGCAGAAUACUCUACUGUGGAAAGUGAUAAAAAGUUUAUAGUCUCAUUGUUACUUUGUUUAUUGGAUUGGUGCAUGACAUUGCCAUUGAAGACACUGUUGGAGCCUGUAUUUACUUCCAGUUUUGAAAAUCAGUAUUCUUCUAAUACUCCAUUACUUGAUUAUAUUUAUAGGAUCCUGAACUGUUGUGUUUAUGGUUCAAGCCUGUACACACAGCAAAGCCAUUAUCUUUUAAGUUUGGCUGACCUCUCCAGUGACAGCUAUGAUCCAUUUAUGCCCCUAGGAAAUGUUAGGAAUUCUAAAGUGAUUCUGGUUCAGUCUUCUGCAGACCUGAAUAAUUUGCUCACUGUUGCUGAAGAAAUGAAGCGGAGGAGCUUGGAGUUAAUACCAUUGACAGCACGAAUGAUUAUGGCACAUCUAGUUAACAAUUUGGGCCAUUAUCCUCUGACGGAAGGACCUGCUGUUCUGCAUAGUCUUAUUAGUGAAAAUCACAACAAUUCUUGUAUGGAAUCUUCUGAACUCUCACCUGAAGUCUUCCAAAGCCCCAAUUUACAGAUCUUUGAAUUUAAUGACAACGCUGUCAUUUCCUACCUCCAGAUUCCUUCAAAAAGGGGGAUGGAUGAUGAAUUGGAAGAAUCUUUCUCAGAAGUUAGAGUAAUUGUUAGGGAUAUUUCUGGAAAAUAUUCAUGGGAUGGACAAUUGAUGUAUGGACCAUUAGCUGCUUGUUCAGUAGAUCAGAUGAACAGAAAAUUCUCUGUGGUUAUGGAAAAAAAUAAGCAGAACUUUGAGUCCCCAACUGAUUUCAUCCAGAUAGAUGAUGGAGAAGAUGCUCUUGAUAGAUUACUAGAAAAGAUUGGCAGUAGUAGUCCUGAGUGUCUUUUACAUCCACAAGUAAAAUUAAAUGAACCAUCCCCAUCCCCAUCUAUCAUGAAUCAUGCCCAAGCUAAUGAUAUCAUUGAAGCAAUAAUGCGGCAGAGUUUCAUAGAAAAUGAAUACGCCCAUGGAUACCCUCUGAAUCAUAAUACAAAGAGCGAAAAUCAGAAGAUGCCAAGAUCUGCUGUGCCACAGUCACCAUUUCAUUUAUGUAGGCUUUUUUUAAGUGCCUUAGGAAUGAAUUCUUGGGAAAAAAGAAAAAGUUUUAAUGUUUUGAAGAAAAAUUCUAAGUUGUUGAGAGAGCUGAAAAAUUUAGACUCUAGGCAAUGUCGGGAAACUCACAAGAUUGCAGUAGUUUACAUUGCUGAAGGACAAGAAGAUAAAUGCUCAAUAUUGUCCAAUCCACAAGGAAGCCAAGCAUAUGAAGAUUUUAUUGCUGGAUUGGGUUGGGAGGUUGAUCUUUCAACUCACUGUGGAUUUAUGGGUGGCCUUCAACGUAACGGUAGCACAGGACAAACAGCCCCAUAUUAUGCUACUUCAAGUGUAGAAGUAAUUUUUCAUGUAUCUACACGAAUGCCAUCUGACUCAGAUGACUCAUUGACCAAAAAGCUUCGUCACUUGGGAAAUGAUGAAGUUCAUGUUAUCUGGUCUGAACACACCAGAAAUUAUCGCAGGGGCAUUAUACCCACAGAUUUUGGUGAUGUUUUAAUUAUUAUUUAUCCAAUGAGGAAUCGUAUGUUCUACAUUGAGAUUAUGAAGAAACCACAGGUCCCAUUUUUUGGUCCUUUGUUUAAUGGAGCAAUUGUGACUGCAGAACUGCUGCCAAAUCUUAUACGGGCUACAUGUAUCAAUGCCAGCAGAGCUGUGAAAUCUCUCAUAACUCUUUAUCAGAGCUUUUAUGAGGAAAGAGCAAUAUAUCUUGAUGAAAUAAUCCGGAAUCAUAAAGAACUAUUGUCAUUUGAAGAUUUUGCUGCUCAGGUUUUCUCUCCCUCUCCCAGUUACUCCCGUAAUGGAUGUGAUUAAAAUAUGUAAUGAUCUCGUUACGGUAAUUGAGAAAGACGUUACUACGUAUUUGAUGAUUUUGCUGUACCUCUAAGGACCGAAUAAACAAAGCAGAUUUCACCAAUACCAGCAACUGUCAAAAAACCGUUUCUGGGAAGUUUUACACAUAGACCAAUACUUUCAGUAAAUCUUCAAGAUAUAAACAUUUUGGAAAUUUAAAAUAAUUGAAGAAAUCUACAUGCCCAUCUGCUCUAUUUUUCCAGGUGGUAAUUUUGAAGACUGCAUAAUGAAGGGUUUUUUAUUUUCUGUUUUUGCUAUGAAAGCAUUAUUCCUUAAAUUUCAAAGUUAAUUUUUUCAUAUUUUCCUAUAUUAUUUCCUGGAGCUCACUUAAUAACUUGCUGCUAUGAAAGAUUGAACUCCGUCUUUCUGUGCUAAAAUACUUGCUGUAUCUAAUGUUAGUUUGCUGUUUAUAUGUCAUCUGAAGGAGGAAUCAGAAAAGUCACAGAAAGUCUUUCCUCUCAAAAAUCUCUUAAAUGUAACAUUAAUAAUCUCAGUGUAAAGGUUAAAGCUGACAAGCUCAGCAUCUUUAACUGCUGAGCCAUUGUGCCCUGGAAUCUUAGUGUGGUUUAAGAUUUACUGGAAGAAAAUAGUGUUUUAUUUCUUAGAUAGAUGGAGAGCCACAUUUAGCCAAAAUGAAGGACUUUUGACUAGUAAUUUCCUUUUUAUAUUAAAUAAAAAAAUGUUGUAUAGUACAAAUUAUAUAGAAUAUAGAUGAAAAGUGAUUAUGCCUUUACCAUAUCUUUUCCAAGAUACCAUCAUUUUAUAUUACCUAUUUCCAAAGUUUAUUGUUGUGCACAUAACCAAGAAUGCCUAUUUAACAAUCAAUAGCACUUUUAAAUAUUUAUAUAGUUAAAUAAAAUACAACAGUAGUAAAACCUUUUAAAUUGCCUGAUAAAAUACAAUUUCAUAUGCAAGAUGUAUAGUGUGAACCUAUGGCAUUUAAACCUUACAGUGAGUAGUUAAGUGGCUCGUGCCUAUUCAAAGUUCCUAUUUUCAGGUUGUUCUGUUUGACAAAACUACAAAGUAAAUCUCUUAAUCCAUCAAUUGUUAUGAAUACUUGCUACUUUAUCAACACAGAACAGCUACUUAACCGAUCACCUGGGGAAAUAUGGAUCAAUAUAACGACUCAUUUCAUGCAGCACACUACUUAUGGUUUGCUCAAUCCAUCUGCCUGGAUUCAUGCAGUACACUGAAUCAUAAAGUCAUGAUACUAUCUGAGCAUUGCACAAGACACAUUUCCUGGCAGCUUGUCUGAAACCAGUCAGAAUUUACAAGCAAAAUUUCUAUAUGAAGGGGAAUCAAUCUGAUUCAGGUAUACAAAGCCGCUUUUGUAAAGUGCUGUUUGGGAUAAUGGCGCAAACUACCAAAGUCCUUGCACAGCAGACACUAAGUAAUCAGAUACCUCUUACUUACGAACACUUGCCAAUAUGGGCUGUCUUUAUUUAUUUAUUUUUGUGAUGUUUGCUGAAUAUAGUUUCCAAAGUAGAAAAAGUCUCCAAGCUGAAUUUGAAAUCUGAGGACUUUAUUGAUAACUUCCAUGUAAAAUUGGAUUUUUAUUACCUCAUUAGAAGGUAACUGAUCCUUUUCUUCUUCCAGAGUGGUUUUUGACUUCCCAGCAGAGCCUACAAGCCCAGGACUCCUUGAUUAUUCCCUAUUCAAAUAGCAAUCAGCCCAGUGGUGGUAUUCAGCCAAUUUGCACCGGUUCACAUGAACCAGUAGCAAGGAUUUGGUGUGGUCACUGAACUGGUAGUAACUUCUGACUGGCCAUGCCCCCGGCCCGGUGGCCGCUCGCUCGCUUGCCCCGGCCACCUGAUGCACGCCCACCCAGUCACUCCUUAAGACAUUUUUUUUCCCUCCCGGCAAUCAGCUUUUCCUAAGAUCAGCUGUGCUGGAAUUACCCUCGCUAAAGGGAUAAAAAGCUUGGCUUCAGGGAUAAAGUUACUAAAAGCAACCAAAUAUGUUUAAUGAUUAAUAAAGUGUUUUGUUACUAAACAAAAUAGCCUAGAAUUAAUUUGUCUUGAUAAAAUAUUUUUUGAUAUAAUUAAUAAAAUGUGAUAAAUUUUAAUUACAAGUAGAUAGGAUUAUUGUUUUCAAAAACACAAUAUAGUAUUAUUGGUUACAUGUACUGUUUAUCAAAAUUCUACACCACCCAUCUCACCUAGGUGACUAGGCAGUUUACAAAUACUUAGCGGACCAGAAUGACAUUAGCAGGACUUUAACCACACAAAUGCCUACAGAGAAUUUUGGGGGUUGGUGAGGGAGGAGCAAAGCAGAACAACUGCAUUAUUUUAUGAUGAAAAUUAUUUAAUUUACUUACUGGCAUUUAUUUCCAAGGACCUUGCACAAUGACAUCAUGAUGCAUAUGUCAUCACAUAUUGACAUCACUGCAGCUUGUAAGGGACACCACUGAUUGUAAACAUAUUUUCUCCAAACUAUUCGUCUUUUUUUAAAGUAAUAACUAUUUACAAAUAAGUAAUAAUAUUUCAUUAUAUUUGUAUGCCACUUGAUUCAACAAAUGUGGGUGACUAACAAAGUACAGCAAAACCAUAAAUAAAGUCCUUAAGAAAGAAGAAAUGUAGUAUUGUUGAACUCAUUUAAAUACUAACAUAUCUGCCCUCCUAAAACAGAAAAUUAUUAUUCUAUUAAUCAUAAACUAUAUCAUCUUGCACUUCCUGAUAGAUAAUACCUUAAAUAUUUAUAUUAAAUAAAUUGAUUUGUAAAUAUGCUGUCCAUUCAUACAUUUUAAAAAUGACAGCAAUUAUAUGUAUUUAUAGAUCUAUAAAAUUGUUUUAGUUAAAUCCAUAGAGGAACUUCUUAACUUUUUAUUCCACUGGCAUCUAACCCCAGUGAAAGCCAUAAAGACCAGGUUAUAAUUUUAUCAGCUAAAUAUUGGAUAGCUUUUGAAGACUUUGGCAACUUUGUCAUUUUGCUUUUAAUUCACUUUGGGGCUGGGGGGAACGAUCCCUUUAUUUUUCUGGAUAAACAGAUAGAUAUCUGGGAAGACAAAAUAAUUAGACCAGAAGAAUGAAGUUUGGGUUCACACAAGAGUUCAAGACUAUCAGAACCAUGCAAAAGGAGAAAUCAGUCUAUCUACCCAAGCUCUAUUACACUUUACCAUCAUGAAUCACAAAACAGAAGUUUUGCAAUUUAGUUCAUUAACACUUGCAUUUAAGAAUUUUCAGACACCCACUACUGCAUAUAAAGAAAAUCUUUAUAAAAUGUUUUAUAGAUGGCAUUUUCCACCCUCAAGGUUAGCAAAGAUAUUUAAGGGUAAAUCUGAAAAAUGUUGGAAAUGCCACCAGAUACCUGGUUCAUACUAUCAUAUGUGAUGAACAUGUCAAAGAGCAAAAAAAUUAGACAAAAAUACAUACGUGGCUUGAAAAAAUGAUAAAACAAUAUAUAGAUUUGAAACCAGAGACAUUUUUGCUGGGCAUUCUACCAGACAGGUAGAACAAAGGGAAUGUGUAUCUGAUUUUAUAUGUAUUGACUACAGCAAGAACAUUUGCACAGCAAUGGAAAAGUGAAGAGAUCCCAACAGAUGAAGAUGUGAUUAGAAAAAUAUUAGAAUGGGCAGAAAUGGAUAAGCCAACACUUACAACUAAGGAAAAGGAAGAAACUGAAUGUUUUUUGACUCUGGACUUAUUUUAUUAAUGGUUGGCUGACAAAAACAGGAGCUAGAAACGGAAAUAUAUGAAAAGAUUACUGAUAUUAGGAAGAUACAUUAACUUGGUUAAACAAAUAGUUUGAUUAUUAUGGUUAUUAACAUUAAUUGAUAUGAAUGCAAUGAAUAUUGUUGUAAAUACU